CAACCGAUAGCGUGCUGCGGUUUUUAGACGUUGAAAUGGAAUUCAAGCAGCAGCACACGUGUUGGGAAUACAAGCCCAGAGCUAAUAAGCCCCUGUUGCCAUACCAAUCUGCUCACUCGAAGCUAGUAAAAAGAAGCAUUGCCAAUCUGUGUUUUGGGAACGCAUUGCGGAAAUCUUGCCAUCAUAAAAUUCAGAAAAGUGUCAUGAGUCAGUCGGAGAGGUUAUCCGCAGCAGGUUUCCCAGAGUCGAUACAGGUGUCUGUUGUCGAGGGUUUGCUUAAAAAAUGCCGGUUGGACAGUCGCCCUCGGGAAGCAGACAUCCAACCGGCAGCGAGUAGGAGCAGAGUUGCAGUAGUGCCGUACCUGCACAAAACUGCUCAUAACCUGAAGAAAGUAGCUAGUCGAGUGGGCAUCAAAGUAGUAUUCUCAGCACCACAAAAGCUUGGCAGGAUAAGUCGCUUGACGGACCCGCACCGCAAGCCUGCUGUCGGUUGCUCCAAGAAGCAUCGCGAUCAUUUUGUGGCGUGUGUUGAAGGGGUAGUUUAUGGGCUUCCUCUGACUUGUGGUGGUAUAUGUAUAGGUCAGACGGGUAGAUGCCUUAAUGACCGUCUUCGUGAACAUAAGCUCAAUGUUAAAAACAAGAAUAAUUAUGGCCAUUUGUCAGUACAUUGCGUGGAAUGUCUGUGCUAG